AUGUCGACUGAUACACGUACUGAAAAAGAAAAAAUGAUUGCUGGUGAUAUGUAUAAUGCAUUUGUGCCAGAAUUAGUACUUGAACGAGCAAAAUGCCGAGAAAUGGUUUUUGAUUAUAAUUUAACUCGACCCACUGAUGGAAAGAAACGUGGUGAAAUAUUAAAAAAAUUAUUUGGUCAAUUCGGAUCUAAUUCAAAUAUUGAAACACCAUUUCAAUGUGAUUUGGGUUAUAAUAUUCAUUGGGGUGACAAUUCAUUUGCUAAUUAUAACUUCACUAUACUUGAUAUAUGUCCAGUUUACGUUGGUAAUUAUGUUCUUAUAGGUCCUGAUGUAAAACUAUAUGGUGCAACACAUCCAAUCGAUCCUCAAGAACGACUUAAUGGAUUAGAAUAUGGUAAACCUAUACGAAUCGGUAAUAAUGUAUGGAUUGGUGGUGGAAGUAUUAUUGUAGCUGGAGCAACGAUUGGUGAUAAUAGUGUUAUUGGAGCUGGAAGUGUUGUUGUCAAAGAUAUACCAGCGAAUGUUGUUGCUGUUGGGAAUCCUUGUAAAGUCAUUAAACAAUUACAACCACCAACAAGACCACCGAAAGAGUUUCAACAAAUGACUGGAUUUGAUUAUGAAAAGUUAAAAGAAAAAUAA